CAUGGAUGCAAUCGACACCUGAGGCAGGAAAAAAAGGACUUCGUCGGCUGUUGUCAUCGACCAUCUGGGCCAGCUGGAACUACAAUCAUCUCACGGCUGGGGUCAUAUUUCCAGUAUAAUUAUAAUCAUUUCCAUCUGGAUCUUUUUGCCUAGCCGAUCGCACGUGCCGGCUAGAGGCCGUUGUGUCUUUUCUGGUCUCCACUGCGCCCUGUUUUUGUUUAUCGACGGACAUACCUCUCCCAGUUACUAGUAUUAUUAUUAGUAGCUCCGCAUAACCACCCCAUCGACCGAUCGAUCGAUCCAUCCUGGGUUCUGGGAGCGCUCGCAGGAGACUAUGUGAGAGGGCCAUCCUCUCAACAUGAACACAAGACAGGUGAUCGAUGACUCGACCGGCCCCGUGUCGCUGUCGGUGGCCUUCAAUAAUGACAGUAGCUGCUUCUCCGUCGGGCUGGAUACGGGUUUCUGCGUCUUCAAUUCAGAUCCCUGUGAACUGAAAGUCUCUCGAGACUUCAACGCGGGGAUUGGGGUGGCGGAGAUGCUGGGCCAGUCCAACUACCUGGCGAUCGUCGGAGGAGGCAGACAGCCCAAGUUCCCUCAGAACAAGCUCGUUAUCUGGGACGAUGCAAAGCAGAAAGCCGUCAUCACCCUUGAAUUCCGCACCUCCGUGCUCCAAGUCCGCCUUUCGAAAUCGCGCAUCAUCGUCGUCUUGCUGAACAGCAUCCAUGUUUUCGCAUUCUCCAACCCACCGCAGAAACUAUCCGUCUUCGAGACAUCAGAUAAUCCGUUAGGCCUGGCCUGUCUGGGCCAGAAGCUGCUAGCCUUCCCCGGCCGGUCGCCCGGACAGGUCCAGCUCGUCGAGCUGCAGACCGGCAAUGUCAGUAUCAUACCUGCACACAGCUCCCCACUACGAGCUAUGAAUUUGAGCCCAGAUGGGGAGAUACUGGCGACAGCGAGUGAAGCGGGUACAUUGAUACGGGUAUUUUCUACGAGCAACUGCACGAAGAUCGCAGAGCUACGACGAGGCGUGGAUCAUGCGAUCAUCUUCUCUCUUGCAAUUUCGCCAUCUAACACGCUACUGGCAGUCACCUCCGAUAAGUCUACUCUUCACAUCUUUGACCUUCCGCAUCCGCGGCAGCUGUCUAGGCGCAGCCAGUCUCCGUCAUCCCCUUCCGAGGACGGAGGAAAUUUAAAAUGGGGCAUCCUGGGGAAGAUCCCGCUGCUGCCCAGAGUCUUCUCGGACAUCUAUUCUUUCACAAGCGCGCAUUUUGAAAUUGGAGACGAGGCUCCACCGGGUUCCCAUUACGUCCCGCCUCUGGGGACAUCGUUCGGUUUGCUCAACAAGGGCAUGAUUGGCUGGACGAAUGAUCAUACCAUCUUAGUUAUCGGCGCAGGGAGAGAAGGACGAUGGGAGAAGUUCAUCCUCCAAGAAGGGGAAGAUGGCAAGCGAUACUGUACCAGGGAGGGCUGGAAACGAUAUCUGGGCGGCGGCUGAGGCCAUUCUUUGGAUGAAAAUAUUGGUAUUUGAAGUGUCUAUCUAAAGUAGGCCUUCUCUUAUACUGCAACCCCCGAGUCUGCGUCCAGGAAGGGACUCCUGCAAAACCCGCUCGACGAAGUGGGAGCGGAGUCGAGGACCGAAAUUCGAGCCGACGGGGCUCUGGCCAUGACAUGUGCAGGGAGACAUAGCAGGCAGGC